AUGAGGACUAAAAAGAGAACAUACCCUUCUGUUGCUAGACGCCAGGGUACUAUUUUCCAGAUAAUUACUUGGACAGGGAAUUAUCCUGAAAACGUAAAGGUAGAAUGCAGUUCCCCUAUUGGGUCUCAUGCGAAAGAAAGAUUGGAUUGCGGAGAGAUGACUGCUAAAUCUUUGAGAAUCGACUUAAGUCUGGCUAUUCCCUGGCGACGCGAAUACAGGCUGGUUCUGGUGGAACUGGCUCCGCAAUUCAACUGCGCCGAAUAUAAAAACUAGUUGAAGGCCGGACACAUCCGCCUCCUGUUGAAAGUUGCUCUGCAGCGCUUCGCCAAUGAGCAAAUUCACACCUUCCACCGCCAGAUUAUCGCCAGCGACUCAGCUCACUUAAGUCCUUCAGGUUUUCGAUGUGGUGGGCAAGCAGGUGAGGCUUCCCACCCCGGACCCAGAGCUCUGGCUUUUCAACCUAUCUGCUUCUUAUGUAAAGAAUGGAAAAAUGAGAUUUUGAACCAUCACACAAAUAAAAUGGGGGAGUUUUAUUGGGGGAACUGCAGAUCUUGGCUCUGGCUUUCUAAUUCAUGGGAGCUGGCAAAGGUGAUAAAAUGCUGCAAUGAGCUAAUGCAUUCUGCAAAUAUGAAAGUCUCUUUUUCCCGGAGGAAAGAAUUUGGAAAUCAUGUCCAAAAUUUGCUGACUGAAUUCUACCAGGUUCCCGAGGCUCAGACAGCUUGUCAUAGGAUAAAAAAGAUAAUAGUUGUAGAUAUUCUAACAUUUUACAUGGCUGCAAUUAUUAAUAUUUAUUCCUUAGUUUGGCACUCUAAUAAAUAUUGGACAAAAUGA